AGAAUACAAAAGUCAAACAAGAACCUUCAGUUGAGGUGACGAACGUGUUAGCGCCAAAGUGACAAAACUUGCGACGGAAAAGGAUAUAUUUGUACAGCUGAAAAAGUCAGCUUUAGCUACCGCGAGUGUUGUGCGAGUGAGUGAAGUGCUGUUCCAGUGUGUAUUGUUUUGUGUGUUUUCGCGACGGAAAAGAACUGCCGUGCUUAAAAUUUAGCUGCCUUGUUGAAGCCUUUGGGGCAAACAGGCUCACGGUGGAUUUCAAACUCAUUUGGCAACCGCGCAGAAUGGGAACAGGUGACAGAUUGCUAGACAUACCGUGCAAAGUGUGCGGCGACCGCAGCUCGGGCAAACACUACGGCAUCUACAGUUGCGAUGGUUGCUCAGGGUUCUUCAAGCGCAGCAUCCACCGGAAUCGGGUGUACACGUGCAAGGCGGCCGGUGAGCUGAAGGGCCGCUGUCCAGUAGAUAAGACCCACCGUAACCAGUGCCGUGCCUGCCGGCUUUCCAAGUGCUUCCAAUCGGCCAUGAACAAGGACGCCGUCCAACACGAGCGUGGCCCGCGGAAACCGAAACUCCAGCACCUGCAAGCGAACGGGGGCCACCCGGGCCAUCCCCAUCUGGCCGGCCCGUUCGUGAACAGUGCAUCGUACGGACACGCAAUGUCCCACUUCCCGCCCGGGCUGCACCAUUCCGCAAUGGCCGGCUCGAACGCGCUGCUGCACCAUCCCCAGCCGCUCUCCUUUGCACCGCUCGGCCACCAUAUCGGUCCCUCGUUACUGCCGCCGGUCAAGCUGGAACAGAACAAGUUCGAAUUUAGCCUCGGUACACCGAACGGUAGCAAUGGUGGCAACGGUGGUGGUGCCGGUCAAAUGUCGGGAGGCACGAACCUGCUCUCCCCGAUUAAGAUCGAGCACGGCAAAAUGAUGACGUCUGUCGGUGGGUUCGAGUUUUCCGCGGCCGGGCACGUGCAGCACAUGUACAAGUCGCUGGAACCGAUGCCUCCGUCGCCGACCGAUUCGAAGAGCUCGAUCAGCGUGGACUCGCCGUCGGAAAGUUUGACCAGCCCUCACUCGACCGUGGACGGCAGCUCAAGCGUGCUCAGCCACCCGAUCAACGCCACCAGCCUAAGCCUUCCGUCCCCGCUGUCGCAGAACGGUGUGCUCGACAUCCUGAUGAGCACGGACAAGUGCCAGGAGUUUAUCCAGUACCAGAUGCACAACAGUAGUAUUGCGUUCCCUGGGUUCACGCCCGUUAGCAGCGCCUCGAGUGGAAUUUCGGUCGCACCGCCGUUGCCGCCACCCACGCAUCAAGGUGUACCGCCGCCAUCGUCACUCGCGCCAUCACACCCACCAGGACAGGCCGCCUCAACAGCGACAGCUUCGCCCACGGGACUGGCGCAUCCACAACCAACGGCAGCAGCAGUAACGCCACAUCCACCACCACCACCGCCACCACUCGUUCCCCAUCCGAUCGCGCUGACUGCGCUGCCGCCCGAGGGUCCAACCAUCAUCAGGCUUCCUACCUGGGAGAUUUUGCAGGAAACUACGGCCCGGUUACUGUUCAUGUCCGUCCGAUGGGUGAGGUGCUUGAUCCCGUUUCAAACACUCUCCAAAAAUGACCAACACCUACUGCUACAGGAAUCGUGGAAAGAACUGUUCCUUCUCAACUUUGCCCAGUGGAGUGUACCGUGGGAUCUGAGCGGACUGCUCGAUUCGCCCCAGGUGCGGGACCGGUUGCCACCAGACGCAGCAACUCAGCUCGAGAUGAAGACGAUGCAGGAGAUUCUCUGCCGCUUUCGCCAGAUUUCGCCCGACCUAAGCGAGCUGGGAUGCAUGAAGGCGGUAAUCCUGUUUUCACCCGAAACGUCCGAACUGUGCGACGUCCAGCCGGUCGAGAUGCUACAGGAUCAGGCCCAGUGCGUCCUGUCCGAGCACGUCCGCGUUCGCUACCCACGCCAACCGACCCGGUUUGGGCGGCUUCUUCUACUCCUGCCGCUGCUCCGUACCAUCCGGUCCACCACCAUCGAGACGCUGUUCUUCAAAACGAUUGGUACCGUGCCCAUCUCCCGGCUCCUGAUCGACAUGUACCAGAUGGAAAAGUACACCGAUCUAGAGGGUGGCGGUGGUGGUGGUGGUGGUGGUGCAGGGACACCACCUACACCGAACGGUGCCCUAACGCCAAAGGCAUAAAUCGGAGCGACAGACUUCGGGUUUGCUAUUUUUUAUUUUCCCUGUCCAAAAAGAAGCAGAAAACCUAACCGCGCACAACAACGCUUCUCAUCGUUGUCCCAAUUACUGCAGUUUGCAUGUUACUGAGGGUAAAAGUAUUUUUCCAACGCUUCCGGCUGUUUGAGUUUUAUUCCACACGGUUACAGUUGUGCCCAGGAUUGGGGAUGUUCUUUUGUUUCUUCCUCCCUAGCUUCACUUUAUUUCGCUCAAUUUCACGUGUCCUCUUUUUGCUGAUUACAUGCUGGGCAACAACUUUUUGUCCUC